UUUUCCCACUUGAUUCCCAUAUUGAGUGCAUACCCAACUUCAUCAAAAGCAUCAACUUCUACAUCGAUUUGUCCACCGAGACAACGUAAUCCAUCAAUUAAACCACAUCCAAUCCACUCUCUACAUCAAUCAACAUGACUGGACGUGGCAAGGGCGGCAAGGGUCUCGGCAAGGGCGGUGCCAAGCGCCACAGGAAGAUUCUUCGUGACAACAUCCAGGGCAUCACCAAGCCCGCCAUCCGUCGUCUCGCACGCCGUGGUGGUGUCAAGCGUAUCUCAGCCAUGAUCUACGAGGAGACCCGUGGUGUCCUCAAGUCCUUCCUCGAGGGCGUCAUCCGCGACGCUGUCACCUACACUGAGCACGCCAAGCGCAAGACCGUCACAUCCCUCGACGUCGUCUACGCCCUCAAGCGCCAGGGCCGCACCCUCUACGGUUUCGGUGGUUAAGCAAAGCAAGCUUGCUUGCGGG